GGACAUGACCAAGAUAAAAGAGAAAGAGGAGGAAUAAUGAGAAGAACAUGAAAGGUUAUUGAAGGCUCAAGUUUCCUUUUAAGCUACAAAAAUGGUGGGGGUUGAUGAGGAUGCUGCAGCUCCUCCUACUACCAAUCCAAAGAAGCAGCAGUUACUCUCAUCUGCUAUGAAGAGAACCACUGAAUGGAUUUUUUCACAAGACAUUCCCAGUGACAUCACUGUUCAGGUUGGAGAUGCCACCUUCAACUUACACAAGUUUCCUUUGAUUUCCAGAUGUGGUAAACUAAGGAAGUUGAUCUCCCAAUCCAAUGACGCGCAAAUCUCCUAUAUCGAAAUCCCCGACGUGCCUGGCGGGCCCGAAGCAUUCGAAUUGGCGGCGAGAUACUGCUACGGACUAAACUUCGAAAUCACGACGGAAAACAUCGCGACGCUCCGUUGCGCAGCUGAAUAUCUCGAAAUGAACGAAGACUACGUGAUCGGAAACCUGAUCAGCCAAACAGAAGCAUUCCUAGAGGAAGUAGCAUUGAUGAGCCUCUCGAAUGCCGUAAAUGUGCUGCGCAAAUCUGAAGAGCUUCUUCCGAUCUCUGAGAAAGUGAAACUAGUCAGUAGGUGUAUCGAUGCGAUCGCGUACAUAACCUGCAACGAUAGCCAGCUCUGCUUAUCGCUGAGGGGUGAGAGUAGCCAUGAGAGUGCGGGCGCUUCUCUGGCGUCGCAGCCGAAGGCGAUUGUGGAGUGGUGGGCUGAGGAGCUGACGGUGUUGAGGAUCGAUACGUUUCAAAGAGUUCUCGUGGCGAUGAAGGCGCGGGGGCUUAAGGAGUACGCACUCGGGCCGCUUAUCAUGCUAUAUGCGCAGAAGUCUCUGCGAGGCUUGGACAUAUUCGGGAGGGGAAGGAAAAGGAUCGAGCCGAAACAAGAGCACGAGAAAAGGGUGGUCCUCGAAACCAUCGUGAGCCUUUUGCCGAGGGAGAGGAACACAAUGUCGGUAAGCUUUCUAUCGAUGCUUCUGAGGGCGGCGAUAUAUCUCGAAACAACCAUAGCCUGCAGGCUUGAUCUGGAGAAGAGGAUGGCCCUGCAACUAGGCCAGGCUGUUCUAGAUGAUCUGCUGAUCCCUUCCUCUUCCUGCAACGGCGACACGAUUUUCGACGUGGAUACAGUCCAGAGGAUCCUGAUGAACUACCUCGAGCUCGAGGCGGAGGGGAGUCGGUUGGGUUAUACGACCGACGACGAUUUCAUUUCUCCGCCGCCUCUGAGAAUCAGCGACGUAGAGCAGGUUGGAAGGCUCAUGGAGAUCUACUUAGCUGAAAUAGCUUCUGACCAGAACUUGAGUCUUGUGAGGUUCAUCGGCCUCGCUGAACUGAUCCCUGAACAAGCAAGAGUUACCGAAGACGGCACGUACAGAGCGAUUGAUAUAUACUUGAAGGCUCACCCAUCUUUAUCCGACGCGGAAAGGAAAAGGGUUUGCGCCUUGAUGGACUGCCAGAAGCUCUCAAGAGAAGCUUGUGCUCAUGCCGCUCAGAACGAUAGGCUCCCGGUGCAGAUAGUAGUCCAGGUGCUUUACUACGAACAGCAACGCCUUCGAGAUGCAAUGAGUGGUGGCUUCAUGUAUGGGGAUUCGCCUGCGCUUUCCUUAAAAGAGACUACAUUGGGGACUAGAUAUCACAAUCCACCGGACGAGCUGUCGCGCCUUCGACGAGAAAACGACGACCUCAAAAUGGAAGUCCUGAAGAUGAAAAUGCAAUUGAAAGAAUUAGGCAAUCGUUCGGGAAGCAUACCGUCUGCGAAUAAGCCUCCGCUGCCGAAGAAGUCGUUCAUCGACUCCGUUUCUAAGAAGCUCGGGCGCCUCCCGUUUAUGCGUUCGGAUAGCGUUAAGCCUACAAAAACAAAAGCAAAGCCUCCAAAAGACCGAAGGCACUCGAUCUCUUGAUGUAUCAGUGAUUUGCUGAAUUUUCUCUACCUCUUGAAUUCAUAGGUGUUUCAUCUGUAAAAUUGUUGCAUCUUUAAUUGUGUUGAGACUUGAGAGGUAAUUGAUGAAAAAUGUCAUGUUAAUCUUUUUGAGGUUUGAAGAAAGAUGAUAGUUCUGUGGAGUCAUGUAAUUAUCUUUGGUCGCUUCAUGUACAUAGUAACAUUGUCAUAAAUUGGCUAUAUUUGAUCCUGCUCAAUAGCUAUGAGUUUAUAGAA